UGACACAAAGAAGCACGAAGACCGUAACUCUUGGGGCGCUACCCGUGCGGCUUGUAGGCGAUUUACUUCCGGGGUAGGCUCCUCCGGGGGAACGUUUCCGGCUCGGCAGCGGCAUUCAGAGCGUCGUGUUCCGCGGAGUCUGUCGCCAUGGCUCGAAAUGCAGAAAAAGCCAUGACGGCCUUGGCCAGAUUUCGCCAAGCUCAGCUGGAAGAAGGAAAAGUUAAGGAGCGGAGGCCCUUCCUUGCAUCAGAAUGUAAUGAGCUGCCUAAAGCUGAGAAAUGGAGGCGACAGAUUAUUGGUGAAAUAUCCAAGAAGGUGGCACAAAUUCAAAAUGCUGGUUUAGGUGAAUUCAGAAUCCGUGACUUGAAUGAUGAAAUUAACAAACUCCUAAGAGAAAAAGGACAUUGGGAAGUCCGAAUAAAGGAGUUGGGAGGACCCGAUUAUGCAAGAGUGGGUCCCAAAAUGCUUGAUCAUGAAGGAAAAGAAGUUCCAGGAAACAGAGGUUACAAAUACUUUGGAGCUGCUAAAGACUUACCUGGUGUCCGAGAACUCUUUGAAAAAGAACCUCUCCCUCCUCCAAGGAAGACACGAGCUGAACUAAUGAAAGCUAUUGAUGCAGAAUAUUAUGGAUACAGAGAUGAGGAUGAUGGUGUUCUAGAGCCAUUGGAACAGGAACAUGAAAGGAAAGUUAUUGCGGAAGCAAUGGAGAAAUGGAAAGUAGAGAAAGAGGCACGGCUUGCAAGAGGUGACAAAGAAGAAGAAGAGGAAGAAGUAAACAUAUAUGCAGUCAAUGAUGAUGAGUCUGAUGAAGAGAGUGGAAAGGAAAAAGAAGGUGAAGAUAGCCAGCAGAAAUUUAUUGCUCAUGUCCCAGUGCCAUCACAACAGGAGAUCGAAGAAGCUCUGGUCCGAAGGAAGAAGAUGGAACUGCUUCAGAAAUAUGCCAGCGAAGCUCUUAUGGCUCAGAGUGAAGAGGCUAAAAGGCUUCUAGGGUUGUAGUAUAUCUUGGGUUACUUUGGUUUUUCUAAUCCAUCCUAAGGCAAUAAAUGAGGGUCUGAGAGAAGCUUCUUAAAGUACUUUGGCAACACAGAAAUUGUAUUAUUUUUUUUGCAAACGGUGAACAAGAAGGAUGAUUUUUCUUCCUAAGCAUAUAUUACUAUCCUAAUCCAUGACUUUUCUCCUGUUUUCAGUUUCUGUACCUAACUAAUCCCUAGGGACUAGCUGGUUUGCCUUUAAGCCUGCUUUUUCUCAUCACUUCCUCUUUUGUGUAAUUUCUGUCAUAUAGCAAGUGUCUGCAGUGAUACCUUCUGCUAAAUUAGAAAGUAAAAGUUUCACAUUCUUCUUCUGUCAGUGGUGUUUUAGCUGAAGCCUUGUUUAACGCUGCCUCCUCCUUAAACAUUCGGGAGGGAAUAGGGAGGCAAUUGUUAUAGCUGUGUGUCUUUGCAAAAGACUCGAAAUGCCCUGUAUUACUGAAGUACUUUUAAGUAGUGUUCUCUGUAUGUCAGUGAUCAUUUGGUUGGAUUUGUGAAUGCUGGAUAUUUCAGCAAGUAAUAUUGUAAAUACUGGGGUGGGGUUGCUUUUGUAAUAUCAUCUGAAUUUUCAGUAAAGCCUUUUUUCAUAUAAA